AUGCUAUUAUAUGGUAAUAAAGAAUUAUUUAGAUAUAAAGUGACAAGAAAUGAAAAAGAUUCACUCUAUUUUCAAGAUGGAGAUAUUAAUGUUAUUCUUCAAAAAUGUAAAGAUCAAGAUAAAGAUUAUAAAUUGUUUCAAGAUCUUUUUAUUAAUUAUUUUCAUUACUUCUUUCCAAAUACUAUCGAAACAAAUAACCUCUUAAAUUUGAUUAUCAAACAUGAUAAUUUAAUUGCUUUCAAAGUUUUUUUAACCAUUAUUAAUCCAAUCAUUACAAAAAAAACAAUAAUAGAUGCAAUUAAAUUUGGUGCUGUUGAUAUUGUUACUCAUCUUUCAAAUAAUAAUAAUAAUAAUAAUAAUAAUAAUAAUAAUAAUAAUAAUAAUAAUAAUAAUAAUAAUAAUUAUAAUAAUAGUAAUAAUAAUAAUUACAUGUAUCUAAGUGAAGAUGAUAUUGUUAAAUUAUUAGAAUUUAUAAUAAAUAAAAACAAUUGUUUUGGUAGUGAAAAAGAAAAUGAUUGUUUUUUGAUAUUUUCUAAUGAUUCCAUAAAUGAUUUUGGAUUUAAACAAAAUAAUGAUAUUGAUUUUAGUAAUUUAAAUAUUAUUAGAUUUUUUAAACGUUCUAUUGAAUGUUUUAAAAAAUUAAAUAUAAAAAUACCAAAUCAACUUUUAAACCCAAUAAAAUAUUAUAUAUUUUCAGGAUUUAAUGAAAAUGGUAGUCAACGUACUUCUUUACUCGAUAUUACAUUGGAAUUCUUAAUUGAAUUAUAUGAAGCAGUUCAUUAUUUAUCACCAUUGUUUUUGGAAUCACCAGCAGAUCAAACUUACAAAAGUUGUUACCAAUCAACUAAUAUGGUUUUAUCAAAUGAGGAAUUUCAAUCUAUAAAGAAUUCAUUCACAAAAAUUGAAUUAAAAUCAUUAUUAAAAGAUUUAGAUUAUUCUGAUAAAAUUGAAAUAUUAUUUAGAAAUGUUUCAAUGGUUUCAAAUAUUAAUCCAAAUGAUUAUAAUUUAAAAUAUUAUUUUAAAGUGGAAAUAUUAAGAAAUUUAGAAUUUAUUAUUAAUUAUGGUGAUUCAUCUUUUUUAAAAUCAUUUUCUCAACAAUUAAUAAAUGAUAUUGAAAACGUCAAUAAUAAUAAUAAAGAGGAAUUUAUUAGAUCUAUAUUUUUUUUAUUAUUAGAAAAUUUUGAAUGUUUAAAGAUGAUUGUAAAUCAAUGUAAAGAAACAGAUAGAGGUGGAGAAUUUCUAAAAAGUAAUAUCCAUAUUUUUAAAAGGGUUAAUUCAAUCGAAACUUUUAAUAUUUUAUAUGGUUGUGAAAUAUUAAAAUCACAAUUUAAACUUGAUGAUUUAUUCUAUGGUUUUUAUGAUAUAAAUGAUAACGAUCUUAAUGAAAUAGAUGAAAGUGAUGUAAGAGAUCAAUCCAUAUUACUAUCAAUAUUAAAUCAUUUUAAAAUAACAUAUCCAGAAGAUUAUAAUAGAGAAUCUAUUAAAUUAGAUUUCAUUGAAAAUAAGAGACUCUUUUCAAACGAUUUCAUUUGUAAUAAUUAUCAAGAUUUUAAAGAGAAUAUUUUAAAAUGUAAUUUACCAAUAGAAAAUCAACAAAUUAUAAAUAAUAAUAAUAAUAAUAAUAAUAAUAAUAAUAAUAAUAAUAAUAAUAAUAAUAAUAAUAAUAAUAAUAAUAAUAAUAAUAAUAAUAAUAAUAAUAAUAAUAAUAAUAAUAAUAAUAAUAAUAAUAAUGGUUAUUGGUCAACUUAUUUUAGGGAAAUAUCUGAAAUUGAAAAUGUUAAUAUUGAAAUUUCAUUACACUUAAAUUUAAAUCAAUUUAUUUCAAUUUUAGAAUUAACUCCAGCUCAACAACAGUAUAGUUGUUUAUCAAAUCCAGAGAUUUUAGCAUGGAUUUUUGAAAAUAGAGAUUAUGAUUUAAAAUCUGGUAGAUGUAUUCAACCACUGAAUAAAACAUUAUUCAGUUAUUUAUUCCAUUCAAAUCAAUUAUCAAAAGCAUUGAAUGAUAUCGAUUAUUUUAAUAAUCCAGGUGAACGUGAUCAUCGAAAUUAUCAAGAUCUUUAUGAUCCUGAUCAUCAUUUAUUGGAAAGAAUAGGUGAAGAAGAAUUUGGUCUCGAAAAAGUGACAAAUGCCAUGUCAGAAUCAAACAAAAACUUUACAAAAGAAGAAAUUCAAGAUUUUAAUACAAUUAUUAAACUAUCAUUAUUAAUGAAUGUCGAUAUAAAUAAUUUUAUAAAUACAAUCAUUAAAUUUAAUUUUUUAGAUGAUUUAGAAAUACUUUAUCACUUUUUAAACAGCAUUGGAAAUUCAAAGAAAUUUGGAAAGCAACUUUCACAAUUAAAAGAUAUUAUACUUUCAUGUAUUGCAAAUUAUAAUAGAAUAAAUUGUCUAAAACUAUUGUGGAGAUUAGAUCAAUACAACAAAUCUUUCUUUGAUGAUAGACUCUUAACAUCUAUCUAUAAAGAAUUCAGAAAAUCACGUUCUAUGGUAAUUCACGAAAUUGAAAACAUUUUAAGAAAUCAUUUCAAAAAAAAGAUUCAAGAUGAAGAGGAAGUGAAUCAAGAAAGUGAAGAUGACGAAAAUGAAGGAGACAAUGAAGAAAAUAAAGACUACGAGGAAAAUGAAAAUGAAGAUGAAGAAAAUGAAGAUGAAGAAGAUGAAGAAUGA